GAAAAAAAAUAUACAAAAAAAAAAGAAAACUUGGGCCUCAAGAAAAAGCUCCUCUGCUCUCAUCCCAUGUUGCUUUCCUUCAAAUAACGCCACAGAUGAAAAGGAACAUAAGGAGGCAACAUCCGAGGAUCUGGUCUUGAAAUUCUGAACCAGCAGACAGAACUCCAAAAAGAAAAAAAAAGACAUAUACAUACAUACAUACAUAUACAUAUGUGUAUAUAUUAUAUGUGUCUGUAAAAAGAGCAGAGGUGGGAACAGAGAGAGAAUAUGAUGGAGGUUCAGAGGAUUAGGCAGUUGAUGUCCCUUUGGUCUAAUAAGCAAUCCAACCGUUCCUCUCUCGUUGGUGGGAAUCACACUGCCGCUAGGUUCUGUACUCGCUAGAACUCUUCUUCUUCUUCUUCUUCUCCUCCUCCUCUUUUUCCUUCUCCUUCUUCUUCUUCUUUCCUGCUUAUUAUUCUAAUAAUCUCUUCUUGUUUUUAUAUUCGGAUUUCUCCUCCACAACCUUUUACUUGUUGUUUCGUCCUGUCUGAGGUUAGGACAAGAAAAAAAAGUAUGGGGCUUUUUGUUAUCACUCAAGACUUUCUUCAUUCCAUGUCCCAAAAGCAUGUUCCUUUCCUCUUCAGAAACAAAACCUGCUUCAGGGCUCCUCAUUCUGGAGUUUUCGCCCUCCUUGUCAGAUCGAUGCUUUUGGUUUUGCUGUUUCUGUCGUUUUCUUGGUUAAGUUUCCUGAGAUCUGGUGUUACCGCCAUUGCUGCUGAAUCGGUCGAUCACUUUGAGUCCGAUGCCGAGAAUCCCGAGCUCCUGCCUUUGCUUUUCCGUGAUCUGGAGAAGGAAGGUCUCUUCCGGCUCGGAGAUAAAACCCUUUUCGUGAACGAUGGAGAAGACAGCGACGGAUUCGUUGUUUCUGGAUGCUCUGGCAUUUUGAAUCAAGACGAGAUCUUUCUCGUUUCCGCGACUGAUCAAGAGAGGCAGAGCAGUACUCCGAGCGAGGCUUUUGAUUUCGCCUUCACGUAUGCUCGCCAUUUCAGCUCUUUUGAGUUUAUAGACCGAGCCCUCAAGGUUGGGGGCAUUCUCGCUGUCCAGUUCACUCGUCAAGGCCCUCCUCCUUCAUCCUUCUCGAAACCUUCUAACUACGAAAUCGUCUACUUGAGGCGUUUCCAAUACACGAUACUGGCGAUGAGGAAAACGGGAUAUUACACGGGAAAGAUUCAUCAGAACUCGUUCUCGAAAAGAAAGCUUCUCGAUAUCUCGUCUGAUGAAGCCAGGAAAAGGGCACUGAACAAGCUGGAGGAUGUCCUCUUGGAGCCUCCAAGGGCUUCGUCAAGAAAAUCAAGAACGUAUCUGAAACGAACCAGGUAUCUUCCCGACCUGAUGGGCGACUCGCUGGAUCUCGGAAAUUACCCGAGACGAGUGUUUAUCGAGGUGGGAGCCUCGGAGAAGGAAGGAGUGAGCGUAACGGAAUGGUUUGCAAAGAAUUACCCGACGAGGAACCUGGAGUUCGAGAUGUACAAGAUAGAGACAGUGAGCGAAGAAAAGAGUAACAGCAACGAGAUGAAUCUCGAGAUAGAUUCGGUACCGCAGAGAAUGGGAAUGUCGGAAUGGAUGAGAGAGAAUGUGAAGGAGGAGGAAUACGUGGUGAUGAAGGCGGAGGCCGAGGUGGUGGAGGAGAUGGUGAGGAGCAAGACGAUAAAGAUGGUGGACGAGCUUUUCUUGGAGUGCAAGCCAAAGGGUCUAGGGUUCGGAGGGAGGAAAAGCCAGAGCAACAAUGGAGGUAGGGCUUACUGGGAGUGUUUGGCAUUGUAUGGGAAACUUAGGGAUGAAGGAAUUGCAGUUCAUCAAUGGUGGGGUUGACCUUCAGGGCUCUGGUAAUUAUUUCAAGACAAGAUAGAGAGACACUAAAUCUUUGUUUAUGUUUCGUUUUGUGUUUGUCUUUUCUUCUUUCCUUAAUUUUCUGUCUCACCCUGUGAUUAUCCAAUUUGUUUGUGAGAAUGUUUUUUUUUUUGUUGUUGUUGUUUGAUGUGUAAGUAAUGUACUCAACUGUAA